UAUUAAUAGAGCUGUUGUAAUUAUUAUUAUCUUUAUUAUUUUCUUACUUUUUUAAUAAACAAAAUUCAUAAAAAUGUUACUGAGCAACUGAAGAGUAACACUGUUUCAGCGCAGAUUUUCCUCGUGCUUUGGAUUUAAACCCUGGCUAACAAGCAAAGCACUGCAAACUCGUACAGCACAGUCAGAAUACAGGUAAUUUGUGCAUGUUUUAGAAAGCAUUAUGCUCUGCAGUUUAUUUAAUUGUCAGGGGCCAUUUCAUUGUUUCAGUCAUCUUACUAUAUUGAUCGUGUCAUGUCAUUGGUCGGUACUCCUAUGUAGACGAAUACAUUUUCAGCUGAAUAAAUUUCAGUUGCCGAAUAUUUGGUGCAUCCCUACUCUGAGCUUUAUAUUCUAAGAAAGAUAACUUGCAGUUGGUUGAAUCAGACCACUGCUAUUGUUUUUGGUUCAUCCUUUCCAAAUUGGAGCACCAAAAACAGUUCAUACAGAUAUAGAGCACAGGCUGACACAGAAGAGAGGAGGCUUGGCUUGUUCCCAGAUUUAAGUUUCUAUAGGUUACUGGCCCUGCAGGAAGAGAUAAGAGGUCAUGAGACUCAAGUUGUGACAUAACUGAGCUAGACUUUGCUCACUUCAUGUGUGACCAGUUUCCUUAUGAUUAUGUCCAUAUCUGAAGCACUCUUUGAAGGUUUGAUUAGUUGUUUGCAUGCCUGGUUUAGGUCAUAUGCUGUUUUAGGCUUGUCCGAACUUGUCUCCUCAUAGUGACAUCCUUUGCCUCACACCUUAGUGGCUAGCUCUGCAUUCAACGGUAAAUUGUCAAGGGCGAGUGUUCCCAUUCCAUUCCUCCAACUUCAUCUGUCAUGUGCCAGGGAGGUUGGGCCUCUCCAUGUCCCUGCCUGCCAAAAGAGCAGAUUGAAGAACAGAACAGGAGGAGAUCAAAGGUGCUGAAGUGGAAGAGAGAGGGUGGUUUUCUUCAAGGUCCAGAGAAGGGAAAAAAGGAGAGGGGUCCGAUGGGUUCUGGAGUGGGGCCAAAUGGGGAGAGCCAUGAUUGCAUUCGCUGCGUCGUCUGCUGAUGAUGCAUUGCUGCUCUGACUCACGCCCCCCCCCCCCCCUUUCCUGUCCUCUCCCCUCCCCGCCUCAGGAUGUGGUACGGUAGGUGCCUGUUACAUGAUAUGGAGUGUGCCUGAGUCUCAAUGAGUCUACGGGAUAGCAGCAGAGCUGUGCGACUUUCAUAUCAAAACAAAAAGUAAUCUUGCUGUAAACGGUCCUGUCCCUCUGUCCCAGAGGCACCCAGCGUUUGAGCAGUAGCGGAUAUAACCUGAAUAUAAAACAGCUCAGAGGAGAUUUCACACUCUUCGAUUUAGGACACUUCAAAGGACACACUGUCCCCCUUGACAGCCUGUGUAUGCUGCAGAGAGCAGCAGAUGUGCAUGGACGAACCUCUGUAGUGACAGAGCGCCGAGCUGGGAGGAAUUGCCAGGACUCUUGCAUUGGGUGUCUACUUCUUGUGGAAGCCAGACAUUUUUCCUCACUCUCUUUUCCAAAACAGCUCAGAGCACUUCGGGGGCAUGACUUUGGGACAAUGUCCGACUCCAGCUUAUGGACUCUACUCUCCAACUUUUCUAUGCCUCACUUCAUUGGUGGAGCAAGAUUACGCCGCUCCAAAAGCUGCAGAACAAGCAACAGAAAAAGUCUGAUAGGGAGUGGACAGUCAUCAGCCCUUCCUCGACCACACUCACCUCUGUCGUCACACACAGGCACCAGUCCACAAGACAGCCCUAGAAACUUCUCCCCUAGUGCUUCAUCUCAUUUUUCCUUCACACGCAGUCAUGGACUAAGAGCAGACAGAACUGAUGGGCGACGUUGGUCAUUGGCAUCCCUUCCCUCCUCUGGUUAUGGAACAAACACACCCAGCUCCACCGUCUCUUCGUCCUGUUCAUCACAGGAGAAGCUCCAUCAGCUGCCUUUCCAGCCCACACCAGACGAGCUCCACUUCCUUUCCAAGCAUUUCUACACCGAGAGCAUUGCUGGAGAAGACCACAGGAGACCUACACCUAUGCGACCACGCUCCCGCAGUCUCAGUCCUGGAAGAUCCCCGUCAUGCUGUGACCAUGAGAUUAUCAUGAUGAAUCAUGUGUACAAAGAAAGAUUUCCCAAGGCCACAGCUCAGAUGGAGGAGCGCAUCAAGGAGAUCAUUCAAAGCAAUUCCCCUGAGAAUGUCUUGCCCCUGGCUGACGGUGUACUCAGUUUCGCACACCAUCAGAUCAUUGAACUGGCCAGGGACUGCCUGGAAAAGUCCCGUCUCGGCCUCAUUACCUCAAGAUACUUCUGUGAGCUCACGGAUAAACUGGAAAGGCUCUUUCAGGAGUCUACUGAGCGAUCGGAGAGUGCAGAGGUGACCUUCAUCAAGGAGCUGGUGAAGAAGAUUCUCAUCGUCAUUGCCAGGCCUGCUCGACUCCUUGAAUGUCUGGAGUUUGACCCUGAAGAGUUCUAUCAUCUCCUGGAGGCUGCAGAGGGUCAUGCCAAAGAGGGCCAAGGCAUCAAGACUGACAUCCCACGCUACAUUAUCAGCCAACUUGGUUUGACAAGGGACCCACUUGAGGAAAUUGCCCAGUUAACUAGCUACGACAGCGGGAUUGCAGAAACUCCUGAGACGGAUGAGUCUGUCAGUUCCCACAGUUUGAGUGCAGCACUGCGGCCCCGGCGUAAACCGUGUGAGCUUGACUUUGAGAUGAUCAAAUUGAUCAGUAAUGGGGCUUAUGGUGCGGUUUAUUUAGUGAGACAUAAAGAGACAAAGCAGCGUUUUGCCAUGAAAAAGAUUAACAAGCAGAACCUGAUGCUGAGAAACCAGAUCCAGCAGGCCUUUGUGGAGAGAGACAUCCUGACUUUUGCUGAAAACCCUUUUGUGGUCAGCAUGUACUGCUCCUUUGAGACACGCAGGCAUCUUUGCAUGGUUAUGGAGUAUGUUGAAGGAGGGGACUGUGCUACAUUGCUGAAGAACAUGGGUCCUCUCCCUGUGGACAUGGCUAGAAUGUACUUUGCAGAGACUGUGUUAGCCCUGGAAUAUCUCCACAACUAUGGAAUUGUCCAUCGAGAUCUCAAACCAGACAAUUUGUUGGUCACUUCAAUGGGACACAUCAAGCUGACAGACUUUGGACUAUCAAAAGUGGGGCUGAUGAACAUGACCACUAACCUCUAUGAGGGUCACAUUGAGAAGGAUGCUAGAGAGUUCUCUGAUAAACAGGUGUGUGGGACACCGGAGUACAUUGCUCCAGAAGUAAUCCUAAGGCAAGGCUAUGGCAAGCCAGUGGACUGGUGGGCAAUGGGCAUCAUCCUCUAUGAGUUCCUGGUGGGCUGUGUACCAUUCUUUGGAGACACUCCAGAAGAACUGUUCGGGCAGGUCAUCAGCGAUGAAAUAAACUGGCCGGAGGGAGAGGAUGCGCCACCAGCUGAUGCUCAGGAGCUGAUCACCCUACUGCUCAGACAGAACCCUCUGGAGCGCCUCGGCACCGCAGGAGGGGCAUAUGAGGUCAAGCACCAUCAAUUCUUUCACAGUCUGGACUGGAAUAGCCUGCUGAGGCAGAAGGCAGAGUUCAUCCCCCAGCUGGAGUCUGAGGAUGACACCAGCUACUUUGACACACGAUCUGAUAGGUACCAUCACUUGGAAACGGAGGAGGAGGAUGAUACCAAUGAUGAAGAUUUCAAUGUGGAACUGAGGCAGUUUUCCUCAUCUUCACACCGAUUCUCAAAAGUUUACAGUAGUUUGGAUCUGUCUCGAGGACAGCUGGAAGAAAAAGGAGAACAGCCAGAGAAGUCAACAGACAGUCCUCUCACUGUUGACUCACUGAGCUGGACUCCAGACUUCACUGAGAUCCCCUCUCUCUCUCAUUCAUCCGACACUGAGAGCACCAGCUUGAGCAGAUGUUCUGGUCUUCUUCCCAAGUUUGCAAUCUCUGCAGAAGUGGAAGAUGGCGAGGGUUCCCUCGCCUUGGAAGAUCCUAGUAAAGUGACCUUUAGUAUUGGGGAGUUGCCUCAGGAUGAGCCUGAUCCCACCACACCCUGUAGCACAAUCAGUAACUCCACCCUCUCAGGCAGUUUUUCUGAACACCUGGAUCAGGUACCAUCACAGGGAGAUGGAGUGGAGAGUCUGGAAAGCUCCUGUAAGCCCUCCUGUGAUACAGCCUCCUUUCAGACUGCUCCCAAACCUGAAGCCACAGAGAAACAGUAUGCAGUCAGCAAAGUACCAAAAUCAGUGUCUACCAGCGCACUGUCACUCUUGAUUCCUGGAGAUAUUUUUGGUGUCUCACCAUUAGCAAGCCCCAUUUCUCCAUACUCGCUGUCAUCAGACCCAUCCUCCAGAGAUUCCUCCCCCAGCCGAGACUCCUCCCUUAGUGGUGUCGUCUGUCGUCAGCCAAUCAUCAUUCCCAGCUCGGGGAAGAAGUUUGGCUUCACUCUGCGAGCAAUCCGGGUCUAUGCCUGUGACAGUGACAUUUAUACUGUUUAUCAUAUGGUCUGGAAUGUAGAGGAUGGUGGCCCUGCUCACAAGGCUGGUCUUAAGGCUGGAGACCUGAUCACUCAUGUGAAUGGAGAAACGGUUCAUGGGCUGCUUCACACUGAGGUGGUGGAACUAUUGCUGAAGAGUGGAAGUAAAGUUGCAAUUUCCACAACCCCUUUCGAAAACACUUCUAUCAAAACUGGUCCAGCUAGAAGAAAUAGUUACAGAAGCAAAAUGGUGAGAAGAACCAAGAAGCCGAAGAAAGAGAAAACUCAAGAAAGGCGGCGUUCAGUUUUCAAACGUUUUGCCAUGCAGCCCUCUCCACUUUUACACACCAGCCGUAGUUUUUCCUCGCUAAACCGCUCACUGUCUUCAGGAGAGAGUCUACCCGGAUCACCCACACAUAGUCUCUCGCCACGCUCCCCCACAGCUGCCUUUCGCCCAACACCCGACUUUAACCAGUCAGGUGCCAAUUCAUCACAGAGUAGCUCCCCCAGUUCCAGUGCACCUAACUCACCAGCAGGCUCAGGCCACAUCCGACCUAGCACACUGCAUGGCCUGGGUCCCAAACUACCUGGACGAUUACGUCAGGGACGACGUAAAUCAGCAGGGAGCAUUCCUCUCUCACCCUUGGCUCGCACACCCUCCCCAACCCCUCAGCCUCAGCCAACUUCUCCUCAGCGGCCCCCAUCUCCCUUGCUGACUCACACUGUGGGAAGCUCCAAAACUUCUCAAGCCUUCCCUGCCAAAAUACACUCACCCCCGACUAUUGUACGCCAUAUGGUAAGACCUAAAAGUGCAGAGCCUCCUCGAUCCCCACUCUUGAAGCGAGUCCAGUCUGAGGAGAAGCUUUCCCCUUCUUACGCUGGUGACAAAAAACAUUUAUGCACCCGAAAGCAUAGUUUGGAGGUUACCCAAGAGGAGUCUCAAGGGGAGGCCUCAUCUAGAGGGGAGCAUAUGCCACCAUCCAUAGAGGAGAGCACUUCCUGUGAACUUCCCACCAUUACUCGGGUGAGGCCUGCUGAGCAGGGUUGCCUAAAGCGGCCUGUUACUCGCAAAGUUGGUCGUCAAGAGUCGGUAGAGGAGCUAGAUAGGGAGAAGCUGAAAGCUAAAGUGGUGGUGAAGAGGCAUGACUGGACUGAGAGACGAGAGUCUAUGCACAAACAAGACACUGUGCAAGAUGUGGAAGUUUCUGCUGCUGAAGAUAAGGAGUGGAGUGUCCUUACACGUCCCAGUGUGAGACCCCAGGGUUCUGAAUCUGGAUGCCUAGACAAGUCUACAAAUGCUACUUUGAAGGAUGUCCUCUAUAAAAAAAUAAAUCCAAGAGUCUGUGAGAGCAUAGCUGAGUCUGUCACCAGUGAGGAUGGUGUAUCACUUUUAAGUGAUAAUGGAAGGUCACCUUCAUGUCAAUCAGAUUGCCAAAUGUCUCGGGCUAUGAAGGAAAGUAAUAAACCUGAUUUCAAAGCCUCCAACAUGGAGUUUGCCAGAAAGAGACAGUCCUUUGAAGAUAGAGAGGACUCCUUGUGUCGAAUAUUCCCUGGUGUUCAUGAAAGCAUUCAUUUCAACACCACUAGGUCCAAAAGUCUUCAGCUGGAUUCUGCAUUAGCUUUAGAACAUGUUAAAGGGGGCUUGUGCAACAUCCAUGGCACUUCUGAAACUUUGUCCCCUAAGCUUUUUAGUGGAAGAGGAGAGAGUGCAGUAGAAAAACUUCAGAUGAUUUCUUCUGAUGUUCCUAUCAGGAAGACCUCCUCCGAGUACAAAUUGGAGGGAAGGCUUGUGUCCUCGUUAAAGCCACUAGAGGGCACCUUGGACAUUGGUCUGCUUUCUGGGCCUCGGGUAUCCAAGACUGACACAUGUCUUUCCAAAAUGGCAGAUAGCCAUGGUGAAAGUACUAUCUUGGCAGAAGAUCUUUGUGGAAAACAGCCAAUUCAACAGAAAACUACAGAAAAACAGAAAAGUGCACAUGCAGGGAUAUCUGAGACACUUAACCAUAAGGACAAUGUGUAUUUGAGCGGUAAAACGGUUACAAAAGAAGAUUCCAUUUCCAAUAAGGACUCCACAAUAAGUUCUGCUUGCAAUGAGGCCGUGUAUGAUAGAAAGAAAUGUAACGAUGGAGUGAAGUUGCAGAUUACAACCUCUAAAGUGGAGUCGAUAGACACAAGUGUGAAAUCGGAGACUAGGCUAAAGACAGCUCAGGAGAUGAGAGCUUUACGACACAAUGCUCACUUUGCAUGUGGGAAAACGCCCUCCAUCAAGGAAGUCUGCAAUGAAGACCAGGAAGACGACAUGGAAAAUAUAGAGAAUCCAUCUCCAAAGCAAAAUGAAUCUCAGCAGAUGCAAACAGUCCUUAGUAAAACAAAUAAACCUGAGGAAAUCACAGUGUAUUCUGCUGUUUUUUCUCAACUCAACUCUGUCCAGCAAAUCCCAGAAGCAAAUGCUGGCAAAAAUAAUAGUAGGCUGUGUGAGACACCGAUUAGUUCACAUAGUCCCACAAUGUCUACAGAGAAGGACAGCAUAAACAAAGACAAACCUGCUGAUACAAAGACCACUGCAGUAAUAAAGCAGGUCCAUUCAUCAGAAAAUAUUAUGGAUGAUGCACAUGCAACAUCAAGCCCAACUUUGGCUAAAACCAAGACUGUGAUAGAUAGAAAGGAUAGGGCUGAUAGCACCAAAGACUUUCUUGAUAUCAAUCCAGAUCAUCAUCAAGAUUUGAAGGAAAGCGAAACAUUGAGCAGAGUGAAACAUUUGGACAAAAACACAGAGUCUACACUGAGAGACAGAACUGUUGGUACUCCAACUUCAGAUGCUGACUCAGGGCAGGCUAAACCAGAGAUAUCCAUCAAAGAAAAAGCACUCAUCCCCGAGAGAUCUUUAGCUUCAUCUAUUACAACAUCCACGGUGUCUUCUGUCUCCGCGCCAUCAGAUGCACCUGAGACCACUGUUGUUAAAAGCUCAUUGUCUACCCUUCAAAGAAAAAAUACUCAAUCUGCUAUUGCUGCCCCAUUGAAAGACAUGCCUGCUACUGAUUCAAAGCCUAAAGCCAGUGCAAGCACCACCCCACAAAUUUCUUGGCUGGCUGAAGUAAAAGCAUCCACCAUCCAACCUCCACAGUCUGAUCAGACCUGUGCCAAAAUUUUAAGCUCUGUUGGCUUGGCAAAUGGACAGACAACAAGUAUUUCAGCUCAACUCUCCAAACAAAUCUCAGACAGAACACAACAUUCUGGUGCAUCAAGUGGUAGCAGAGAAUUCACUGUGCAAACCCAUCAGUCUCAACAGGGCUUAAACAAAAAUCAACAUGCUGACAAAGUAAAUGCAGAGAAGGCAAAUAGCCAAUCCAAUUUAAUGGUGACGGACCUUAAAACACUGCCAGCAUGUGGAGACAAAAUGUACUCGAGAGACAAAAUGGCUUCUAAAAAGGACUCCAAAUGCAGUAUGAGUGAAAAGAUUACUUGUGCCUCUGACCCUUCAGGCAAAGCUGACAUUUCAGAAAACUGUGAAAAGCAGGAAGCCAUCUUCAGAAGCCAAGUAAACAUGAAUAUCACAUCAAUGGACAUGCUUGCAAGCCCACCAAAGACUAGAAGUUGUUACACUUCAACAAAAGACACUGUGCAUGUGCAGUCUGCAAUUAAAACAGAAGAAAAGAGUGUUUUUGAUGUAGACAAGGAGAAGGCCAAGAAGCAAAUUAUGGACAUGUCCAUGACACAGACAAGUACAGCACAGACUGCAAUAAAACAGAUGCAACCAUCUGGUAGUGCUACACUAAAACAGACCCCUUUGAGUUCCAAAAACAAGCCCAGAGUAGACUCUCCACUUGUUACUCAGUCUUUUGGGAAGGCAAUUGACGAUAAGGGAAAGCAGGAAAACAUAGCACAGCUACAGCCUAUUGUCAAAGAUAACAUAGUAAAACCAAAGGAGCUAAGAGAGUCAGUCUUGUCUACAUCUAAAUCUCAUCCUCAUAAAGACACCCACACUAGCUCUCAAUGUGGCGCUGUGCCAGUGUUGCCUGUGCCAGCGGUUAAAAUCCAUGUGUCUUGUGAACUUCCUUCUGGUAAGGGCAGUGCUGCUGUAGUUGAAUCACUUGCACCCUCCUCAAAGGAACAAGUGAUGUCCAGAAUUGAUGUUCCAAGAUCAGAGUCUCUCAAGGGCUACAGCAUAGGGAAAACUACUACUACUAUAUCCAGUCCUGACCCUAAACAUGCCUCCAGUGAGUCAAAGGUAACUGACAAACAAAUGUCCAUCCAAAAAGAGCAAGUGGAAAAGAAGAGAAAGGAACCUACUCAAGACACAUCAUCAGCACCCAAAACUAACCGCAAAGACACAUUAAGAGGCAUUCCUUUGGCAAAGGAUAGUAUUACUAUUGAAAAAGAUUCAGUCCGCCCUAAACAAACAAAGGAUACACCACGUGGUUCAACUUGUAAAAAGUGAUGUAUUGUAUUGUAUUGUAGUUGCCAAGUGUAUGAAUUUUAAAAAGACUAUUAAGGAUGUAAACAUAAUUUUUGUCUAUAUGUAAUUUCAUGAACCCUUUCUAUCUGAGGACCGGUGAAGCUGUUACUUUGGGUUUUCAUAAGAAACCAGAGAUUAAUUUGUUUGUUUGUGUUGUGAUCAAUCAAGCUCUGUUAAUAUUGUCUAAAAAAGUGUUGGCUGAAUGUUGACUUGUUUUGCUGCUGAUUUGUGGUCUUGUUUUAGAUCUCGCAAAAGUGCCAAAAUUAGUCAUUGUAUUGUGUUGUGAUGUAACGUGUGGCGUGUGCAAUAAUUGGGGAGAGGAGUGUAGAUGCCUUUUUUUAAGGAUUAAAUUAACUGUGCCGAUCCUGGUUGAGUGUGAUUGUACCAAACAAAGAGCACCUCAAAUGUAGACAUGGAGGUGCAUGUUAACUGACGGUGUAAAAAAAAAAAAAAAAAAAAAAAUAAAAUUAUUGCUUAUUCAGGCUAGCGUUAUCACGUAUUACACUGGUUUUUGAUAUAUUUUAAAACCACUAGGAAAAUAUAUGUAGCAAUGUUGCUAUUGAUGUGGCUUGCAUUCUGCAAGCAGAACAGAUCACUUAUUUAAUACUUUUCACUUAUUGUUUUCUUUUUGUUUUUUUUGUCUGUUUGUUUGUUUGUUUGUUUUUUGUGACAUUUUCAGCAAAGUUUUGUUUUGGGUAGUGGUGCACAGAGGGAAAGCACUUUGUCCUGUGCUUCUCACCUGGAACUAUUUUAUAUUGGAAUCAUCUUAUGGUUCUGGAAUCGUAGUGGAAGGGGGCUAAGAGUUUUUUGCUAAAAUAUGACUUGCUGUUCUUUGCAGGUCAUGGUGAAAUUCACAUUCCUUUCACAUACAUUUGUAAGAAUUAAUUUUUAUGCAAUAUAUUGUAAAUACAGCAGCAUAAUUUGUACAGAGGGGCUGGUUCAAAAUGAGUGUUGUAUGUUUUUUAUGUAUAUAUUUUGCUAUGUCAUAUUAUGUUUGUAUACUGUACUUAAUGUUAGUCUCCUAGUGAUGUUAUCUGCUCAGUAAUUGUGCUGAUAUAGAGUCUAAACUAGCAGAAUAAUGAGUCUCACUCUGAAAUGAAGUGUACUUGAAGUUUCACUAUGGUAUGUAGGGCUUAACCACAUGCUUUUUCAGAUAUGUAUUUUAAGUGACGCAGCAGAAUGAGAGUUGCUUUCAGAAUGUUCAUUACUAACAAGGAAAUCAUGCAUUUACAUGAAACGGGGACAAGGCAGAUGUAGCACACUAUAUAAAAAGCAAGUUUCAGAGACUGAAGGAUUACUCUUUGCUUAAGGUUUGCUAUUAUGUAGAUUAUAUACAAAAAAGAAAAAUGUCAAGCUUUUAGGGCUAACAUUAGGCAUACAGGAACAUGAUGUAUUUUCCCUAGUUUGGUUAAAAGGGCUUAUACAGGGAUAAUCAAUGUGUUUUAGCAACAAGUCAGCGCUUGUGGUAAUGUCAGGAGUUUCACUGCAUGUUCUUUCAUCAUGUCCAAUCAUAUUCAUAGUUCUUACAUAUUCAUAUGCAAAGUACAUGUAACGUACAUUGUGUAAUACUUUACUAAAUGCAUUUGUCCUAUUAGCAUUUCUAGUCACACAACAGGACUGCUAAGUUUCCUACAUAUUUUAACCUUCAAGACCUUUCAAAGUUAUCCUUUAUUUUUCUGCUCAAACUUUAAAAAACAUAUUUGUCAUAAGUUGUGCUUGAUUUGACCUUUAAGCAGUUCCAUAAUGACCACUGAAGUUUAGCAUCAGAACAGAGAAGAGGAUGAAUCAUUGUCUUUUGAUAACACUUGGUCUGAACUUUAAACCUGGAAUAGCUCUGCUGAUGUGCGUACAUCACAUGCAAGCGACUGUGUAUCUAGGCCAAUUUCGGUAUACAUAUAUUGUGAAACAUCUAUAUUAUCGUAUAAUAUUGAAGUAUUUGUGAUUAAUGUUUUAUGUAAACAGAGUAUAUAUAUCUUAGCUGAACACACAGAUCUGCAUAAGUAACUAAACUACAGAAUGCACAGUGUAAAGAGAAUCUGUAAUAAAAAAGAUUGUAGCAAUUUUAAAGUGUAUUAGCAGACUGACGUUUCAGAUCCUUAUAGUCCUCACAAAUGUAGCUUAGGAGGUCCGAGCUGCAAGGCACCUUAAGUUUAAAAACACAACUCUUAUUGGGAAAUUGUGGAAGAGAUUCUAAGCAAACAUAAUAGAAACUUUAAUGAUCAAAUGUGAAUGUUUUAUGGGACAUAUGCAUUGCAUGUUCUCCAAUAUUGAUAGAAUUGCCAUGAAUUGACCCCAGACAUUCAUGUUGUUGGAGGUUCUUUCCAUUAUUCCCUUUUCUGACAAGUAAUGAUCCUUUAAGAAGCACAUUAAAUGUUUGUUUACAACUACGUCAUGGAUAUAUAUUUUGUACAUUUGUGUUAUUUGCCAAAUUAAUGUGUUACGUCACAGGCAGUUAUGCUGUGAUCGUUGUGUUUGAGAGAGUUCCUCUUAGUGGACACUUGCUGUUGAAGACCAUUGGUGUGGUAGCCUAAUGUCCUUCUAGUUCAGUAUGUUCUUGCUUGUUUUCUGGAGUUUUCUUUCCUCUCUCUAUGUGUGAAAACAGUGUUUAUGUAGAUUAUUCUGCUUAUUGUCUUUUAGGAUCUGUGCAAUAAGAGAUGUGGUUUUGAGUUUUGUACAUCACCCACAGAAAGCUCUAUGGACGUCAUAGAUGUUGUAUACUAAACAAAUAUUUAUACUUAUAAAGUUGUAUAAUACUGAAAAUAAAAAGGCAUGUCAAAAUG